AUGCCGCACUGGUUUUUUUGGGCGAGUAUUUUUCUUCGACGGUUUUUCCGUUUUCCUAUUUUUUUUUUAUCCUCUUUCCAACCCCUAAUGGAAGCCGUGAAACAACUAAAGAAGACUCCUGCUGCUCCAUCUCGUCUACUUGCAACAGGAGAUCUCGAUGACGAGACUCUACGAAACACCCAACUAAAUGCCGAGCUCUACCAUACAAGCAACGACUCGGUCGAAUUAUACCGCCAGGAAAACAAUUCUUCUGAUUUAUUGGGCAGGUUAUACUACGACGACUAUGACUCCGAUUCUAUGACAUCGCCGUCAAUCACCCCUAUGCCAUUAUCACCGAUCAUAUCACCAAGCGAAAGCUCAGACCAGCUCAGUAACAAAUCAAGACCUCCGUUUUUGCGUAUGAAAUCCAUGGAAAGAGGCAUUUCAUUCGACACUUCUCCCCAUGGCCACCAAAAGUCGUACACUGUCAAGGCAAAGCACCCUCUUUUCAAGUUUCGUCGUACAAACAAAACAUUUUUGGUCGGCUACAACGACGAUGUGGAAUCUACAAAAGCUAUCGAGUGGUUGUUUGACGAAAUGAUUAUUAAUGGUGACACCAUAGUGGUUCUACAGGUUUUGGACGAAAAACAACAUGUGGCCAUCGACAAGUCCAAAGUACAAAAAAACUUGGCGAAAAUUGAACAAAUCAAUCAUCAUUUCAAGAAAGUUUGUAUUAUCUAUGAGGCGGCUAUUGGUAAAGCCAAAAGGGCAAUCAAGUCAGCAAUCGAUGAGUACCGCCCGUCAAUGAUGGCUAUUGGAACUCAUCACUACGACGGGAAAGAGCAUCAUCGGUCAUUUACAAAAUCGUCAUUGUCAAAACACAUUUUAGAGUGCUCGUUAGUCCCCAUAAUACUAGUGAAACCAACUUACCGGUAUGUCGAGUUUUUGCGAGAAGAAGUCGAUGGGCCACAGUACUUUGAGAAUUGGAUUAAAAAUAUCGACCAUAUCGACAACCGAGUGAUAAGAAAAAAAGUUCCGUUGAUAAGCCCAUCGAUAUCUAGAAACUCAUCAUACACAAGUUUGGUUAAUGAAGAUCGAGGUAGAGGCGGCGGUCUUUCUGAUCAAGUUCUCAAUGAAUCCCGUUCAAGGUCGACCUCCAAAAAUAGAGUAUUUGCUAGAUUUUUUAAAAAAUAG